AUGCCUUCAAAGGAAGAUAAAGAAUGGAAUCGAAUGGCAACUCAUAUGGAUCAGUUCCAUUCUCAUUUCAGAUAUGAAUUCAACAGAGUGUAUACUCUAUGCGAUGGAGGGUUUCACAAAGAAGGAAUGAGUUUGCCUCGGUUUCUGAGAGAAGCUCAACAGUUAUAUUCUCAUCUGGAUAUGCAUCAUCGUAUUGAAACAUAUAUAUUCCCAGUAUUAGCUAAGAAAAUGCCACAAUUCAAACAAGGUGCGAGGGAAUCAGGUGAACAUCUGAAGAAACAUAAAGGUAUACAUGAUGGAUUGGACAAAUAUGAUAGUUUUUUAAGGAAUUCACUAGAGAAUCAAAGUGAAUAUAAUCCGACGAAACUAAGAGAAAUAAUGGAUGGUUUCAGAGAUGUCUUAUUCAGUCAUCUAGAUGAAGAAGUUCAUGAUUUGGGUGCGGAAAGUAUGAAGAAAGCAGGUUGGACACUAGAUGAAAUUAGAAGAAUGCCAAUGUGA